AAGAAAGCCCCUUUAAACGCGUUAUUGUCGCGCCUCGAAAGAACUAGUAAAGAGGGUGAUUUUUGGGUCAGAUUAGCGGUUCUGGUGGUAAAUAAUCAUGGCGUUACGGGUGAUCCGUUUGCUCAUCCCCUCGGGGACAGCCGUUUUCAAAGCAGGGACACCUAUUCAGACGGUAAGAUUAUAGGAAGAAUUGCAAAAAUGCUCUCUCGCGCAACGAAGGGCAUCAAGUUCACAAGCCUCGGUACAAGGACACCAUAACAAGAAUGCUAAUGCUAAGAAGGCUAGCUAGCAGAUUGGUGUUUUGCGUGGACAGCUGACUGUUUUGCUGUUGUCAACAACUAUUCUGUAGCAAUGUAUUGUAAUUAGCGGCAAUAUAUGAACUAAUUGGCUAGCUAGCUUAUAUGAACUAAUUGGCUAGUUACCGUUAUCCCAUUCUUGUCAUCCUCCUGACAUCCUAGCUAGUCUUUCAGUUACAAUUCAAUUACAAUGAUUUAACUAGCUACCUAAGCAUACUUAAUUCAUGGUGGGCAGGAUGGUCAGAAGGAUGACACUCACAUGCUCAUUCUAUUGACACUGAGUACAAUUCAAUAUUUGAUUUGAGAAUUAAUUGAUCAACAUAUCUUAUAUCUUUAGGCAGGUAUUCACACAAGCUCAGUAAGGAACCUACGGUACGGCUGGUGGGCAUACGCACUGGGCGAGAGGACAACCCCAAGGUUCAAGGAGAACAGCAAGAUCAUCUCCAUUGAUGGCAACCUGGCUUCAGGAAAGGGGGCGCUGGCCCAGAAUCUGGCUGACAAGCUGGGUAAUGAUCAUGUUGUCAAUGCAGUUAUUGAAGUCUAGACUACUUAUUGCACCUGUUGUAUUUGGUGCAUGUGGCCAACUUAUUUAUACAGAUUAAUAACUUGGGGAGUUUGAAGUUUAUAAUGCCAAUUAUUUUCAUUGACUAAAAAUAAAAAAACAUUCAUUUCCUACCUUCUGGUACAAAACAGGAUUAAUGUAUAUUGACUACAUUAACACUUUGCCUGAUGUCUGUAGGGAUGCUGUACAUGCCCGAGCCUAACACACACUACUUGGACAAGAUGACAGCGGAGAAGGGGCCUCUACCAACCGCCUUCAACGGUAACUGCAGCCUGGAGAAGUUCUAUGCAGACCCCAAGGCUGCUGAUGGGAACUCCUACCGGCUGCAGGCAUGGAUGUACCUCAUGAGGCUCCUUCAGUGGUCAGACGCCAUGGAGCACCUGCUCACCACAGGUACGGCUGGCUGGCUAUGGGAAUGUGCUCAGAUAUCACUCACAAAUGAUAUCAGGAUUGUGUUAGGGAUUCGGGAAAAACAAAUUAUUGAGCUUACCUUCCUGUAGUUAAAUUAAUGCCUAGGUAUAUUCUAAAUGGCUUUUUUCAUGUAGAUCUUAAACAAAAAUAUGAUUCUGGCCAUUUUGUGUUUUUAGUAAUGUCCUUCUCAUAACCUUUCUCCAUUCUAGGCCAAGGUGUGAUCUUGGAGCGCUCCCCCUACAGUGACAUGGUGUUUGUGGAGGCCAUGUUCAAACAGGGCUACAUCAGAAGGCAGUGUAAGUACUGAAAUCCCAAUAAUAAGGGUGGUCCAGAUCUGAAUAGUGCUAUUGCAUUGUUAUGAAUCAGACCUGGUUUAACACCAACCUCACAAUGCCAUGAUAUUGAAAGGUCAUUAGUGUUAUAAAUAAAUAAACUGUGGGUGAAGAAGCUUUUUUUAUGUAUGCCACCAUUAAUACACAAGGGGCAUGGCAACUGUACAUCACUGGGGCCAAGCUUCCUGCCAUCCAGGACCUCUAUACCAGGCGGUGUCAGAGGAAGGCCCUCAAAAUUGUCAAAGACUCCAGCCACCCUAGUCAUAGACUGUUCUCUCUGCUACCACACGGCAAGCGGUACCGGAGUGCCAAGUCUAGGUCCAAAAGGCUUCAAAAAAGCUUCUACCCCCAAGCCAUAAGACUCCUGAACAGCUAAUCAUGGCUACCCGGACUAUUUGCACUGCCCCCCAACUCCCACCCCUUUUUUUACGCUGCUGUUACUCUGUUAAUUAUUUAUGCAUAGUCACUUUAACUCUACCCACAUGUACAUAUUACUUCAACUACCUCAACUAGUCGGUGCCCCCGCACAUUGACUCUGCACCGGUACCCCCCUGUAUAUAUAGCCUCCCUACUGUUAUUUUAUUUUACUUCUGCUCUUUUUUUCUCAACACUUCUUUGUUGUUUUAUUUUACUUUUUUAUUAAAAAUAAAUGCACUGUUGGUUAAGGGCUGUAAGUAAGCAUUUCACUGUAAUGUCUGCACCUGUUGUAUUUGGCGCAUGUGGCCAAUACAAUUUGAUUUGAUUUUACAUGGCUGAGGUUGAUGAAUCUCAUAUGUUCUGUAAUGCAGGCGUAGACCACUACAAUGAAAUCAAAGGUAUCAGCAUCUGUGAGUUCCUGCCCCCUCACUUGGUCAUCUAUGUGGACACGCCAGCAGAAGAAGUGCAGAAGAAGCUAAAGGCGUCAGGCAAGGUAGGGAGACACAAACAAGGAAAAUAUAAUCAAUGCUAUACUUUUCUAGGCAUAUCGUUUGUCUGUUUGACUGAAUGACAAUCUAUUAUCAGGUGGUAGAGAACCUAUGGAAGUUGCCGUAAUGUUUGAUGUGUGACUCAGGUUUUAUUCAACCAAUUUUGAGCCCUGUUCAAUAAUGAUUCUAAAUUGUGUGAAGGUUUUCUAAUAUUGAUGUAUUUGGGGCUUUAAACAAAAAGCAUUUUAAACUUCUCAAAAAGUCUACUGUGGUCAUGAGCUAGGUUAGAAACAGAACAUAAUAUUCUCAGUCUGUUGCUAACAGCGAGUAAUGUUCUUAAAGUUUCCAAUUAAGAACAUUACUUGCUGUUAGCAACAGACUGAGAAUCUUGACCACAGUAGAGACUUUUCGAGAAGUUUAAAAUGAUUUUUGUCUCUGGUAAUGUGUAACAAUUAUAGGAAUUAGUAGUUGUUUUCCCGCACACCCAUUUAGGACCUCUCACAUUUGGCAGGCAGGCGGGCCUCACAAAGCCUGGUAGUUAUUAGCAUUAUGCAAUUGUGGGCCCCAGCAAUAAUCCUGUCUUUAAAGAUAAUCAUGGAGGGCUGGUGGAAUUCGGUGCGAAUCGAGAUAAAUAUGGAGUCUCAGAUUCUGCCAGAAAAGUAGUGUUUAGGACAAGUCUAGGUGCUUAAAACCUAGGCUAUUUUCAACUUAUAUAGUUUGAUUUAUACUUCAGAUCAGUGUUCCAAACUUUUUUUCCUGAGUGUAAUUCUCACGUCUCUGAUUGGAUUUAAAUAUAAUAUAUGUUUAAACAUCACAGUUUUAAAGAUGUUAAAUCACACUUUCUUAUUAGUUAAAGCCAGAUGUAUCCUUUCAGUGAUCAACAUGAUGGAGCUUUUUUAGCUAUUCAAUGUUUAGGGUGCAUGUUGAAUAACCAUUGUCAUCUUAUGGUCUUGUUUAUGCUCGUGCCUUAAAGUAUUCACAGCCCUUGACUUUUUCCACAUUUUGUUGUUACAAAGUGGGAUUAAAAUGGAUUUAAUUGUCAUUUUAUUGUCAACGAUCUUCAGAAAAUACUAUGCAAUGUCAAAUUGGAAGAAAAAUUCUAACAUUUUGUAAAGAAAAAAAAUAAGGCUGUCCUCGACUAGAAAAAAUCUUUGUGGACCGAAAGUCGUCUGUUCUUUUGACCAAUCGAUUGGUUGAAAUUUUAAAGCGUCUAUUUUUCCAUAUAUAGACACACCCUGUGCGUUUUAAAAUCAACUUUAUAUCUAAAUGAAAAUGAUACAAACCCUAAAGUAACUUCUAUUACCGUUGCCAACUAUGUAAAAAUUACCUAUAUAAAGCCAACAAAUAAAAACAUUGCAGCCUGCAGGUAGAAAAUAUCCUGAUAAAAAGAAAUAUCCUAUAAAUCACAUAGAACUUUCAACAUUGUAUAAACUAUUAACUAGACUCUGCCUGGAAGCUCGUGCUAGCAAACUUGCAACAUUGUAUAAAAUAUUCUGGGCCCUCAGUUUCCUGUGCAAAUGAGCUCGGGACAGACACAGCUGUAGGCUAUUUUGAGCAAGGAAUAAGAAGUAAUCAGGUAGGCCUAUUUAUUAUGUUUCCAGUGGAUCAGAGGAUGACAUUUUUCCCUUUCACGCUGAGUGGUUAUCAAAAGGGAGAGAGAUGGAAAGAUUGUUCAAAUACAUUGAAGAACUAUUGUCAUUCUCAAUGGAUGUAAAAACAGACUUUGUUUGCUUGCUGUUUUGAGGUGAAGAAAACAUUACUUUGAGAAGCUCCACAGCUAAGUAGUGGUGGUGCGUUAAGCCAAUCAGAAAUACUAUCAGAACCCCAAAUGGGCACAUUUUAUAUGCCUACAUUUGCGCGUAGGCCAGGUAGCCUAUAGGCCUACUUCUAUGCGUACUCAGGUGCGCGUCCAAUACUCAACAUUGACAGGAGCGCUCCAAACGAGACAAUGACUAAAUUGACAAAACUCGUAAAUAGAAUAAAAUAAACCAAAACUUGUUUCACACAAGUGUAGCAUAGGUUGUGCGCUCUGUAAACAACGUGUCCACCUGACAAUGAGAACGGUAAAAGACUGGAAUAAUAAUGUAUUGAAUGCAUUAACCUCUUAAGGAUCGGACCCUUUUUUCAAUUUUCACCUAAAAUGACAUACCCAAAUCUAACCACCUGAAGCAAGGAUAUGCAUAUUCUUGAUACCAUUUGAAAGGAAACACUUUGAAGUUUGUGGAAAUUAAUGUAGGAGAAUAACACAUUAGAUCUGGUAAAAGAUAAUACAAACAAAAAAGCAUGCGUUUUCUAUUUUUUGUUGUUGUUCCAUCUUUGAAAUGCAAGAGAAUAGAAUAGAACACAAGAACACAAUGGAAUAUUGCAGUUUAGACGUAAUUUAAACUUUGGCCACUAGAUAGAAGCAGUGUGUGCAAAGUUUCAGAUUGAUCCAGUGAAGCAUUGUAAUACUGGACUAUCUUGUAUCAACUCUGCCCAAAUGUGCCGAAUUGGUCAAUUGAUACAUUUUCAAGUACAUAACUAUAGAGAACAUACAAAAAAUAUAUGGUAAUACAAAAUGUAAGUUUACACACUCCCAGGAAUGUCAUGCUGGAUCAUUAGCUUAUACACUAACUUUCACAGAUCUAGAUGGCCGGGCGGGGUGGGUGUGGAGCCAGAGACAGCAGGGGAUCUAACUGUAGAACCCAGUUCCUACAUUUGAAUAUAAAAAUUGAUUUUAUCAAACAAAACUAUGCUACAUUUUAUCUCUGGGACCCUUAGGAUGACAAAUCAGAACAAGAUUACUGAAUGUAAGUACAUUAUUUACCUUCAGAGGUGAAUGUAUCAAACCAGUUGCCGUGAUGAUACGUUUUUUUGUUGUUGUGCGCUCUCCUCAAACAAUAGCAUGGUAUUUUUUCACAGUAAUAGCUACUGUAAAUUGGACAGUGCAGUUAGAUUAACAAUAAUUUAAGCUUUCUGCCCAUAUAAGACAUGUCUAUGUCCUGGAAAGUUUGCUGUUACUUACAACAGUCAUGCUAAUCACAUUAGCGCACGAUAGCUCAACCGUCCCGUAUACAGGACACUGAUCCCGUAGAGGUUAACAGAAAUUACCGUAACCAAACAAACAUUGUAGAAUGGAAAUUAUAGGAAUUAACGGUAAAUGUACUACUGGUGAUAUACAGUGGGGAGAACAAGUAUUUGAUACACUGCCGAUUUUGCAGGUUUUCCUACAUACAAAGCAUGUAGAGGUCUAAUUUUUAUCAGAGACGGAAUCUAAAACAAAAAUCCAGAAAAUCACAUUGUAUGAUUUUUAAGUAAUUCAUUUGCAUUUUAUUGCAUGACAUAAGUAUUUGAUACAUCAGAAAAGCAGAACUUAAUAUUUGGUACAGAAACCUUUGUUUGCAAUUACAGAGAUCAUACGUUUCCUGUAGGUCUUGACCAGGUUUGCACAUACUGCAGCAGGGAUUUUGGCCCACUCCUCCAUACAGACCUUCUCCAGAUCCUUCAGGUUUCGGGGCUGUCGCUGGGCAAUAUGGACUUUCAGCUCCCUCCAAAGAUUUUCUAUUGGGUUCAGGUCUGGAGACUGGCUAGGCCACUCCUGGACCUUGAGAUGCUUCUUACGGAGCCACUCCUUAGUUGCCCUGGCUGUGUGUUUCGGGUCGUUGUCAUGCUGGAAGACCCAGCCACGACCCAUCUUCGAUGCUCUUACUGAGGGAAGGAGGUUGUUGGCCAAGAUCUCGCGAUACAUGGCCCCAUCCAUCCUCCCCUCAAUACGGUGCAGUCGUCCUGUCCCCUUUGCAGAAAAGCAUCCCCAAAGAAUGAUGUUUCCACCUCCAUGCUUCACGGUUGGGAUUGGUGUUCUUGGGGUUGUACUCAUCCUUCUUCUUCCUCCAAACACGGCGAGUGGAGUUUAGACCAAAAAGCUCUAUUUUUGUCUCAUCAGACCACAUGACCUUCUCCCAUUCCUCCUCUGGAUCAUCCAGAUGGUCAUUGGCAAACUUCAGACGGGCCUGGACAUGCGCUGGCUUGAUGAGGGGGACCUUGCGUGCGCUGCAGGAUUUUAAUCCAUGACGGCGUAGUGUGUUACUAAUGGUUUUCUUUGAGACUGUGGUCCCAGCUCUCUUCAGGUCAUUGACCAGGUCCUGCCGUGUAGUUCUGGGCUGAUCCCUCACCUUCCUCAUGAUCAUUGAUGCCCCACGAGGUGAGAUCUUGCAUGGAGCCCCAGACCGAGGGUGAUUGACCAUCAUCUUGAACUUCUUCCAUUUUCUAAUAAUUGCGCCAACAGUUGUUGCCUUCUCACCAAGCUGCUUGCCUAUUGUCCUGUAGCCCAUCCCAGCCUUGUGCAGGUCUACAAUUUUAUCCCUGAUGUCCUUACACAGCUCUCUGGUCUUGGCCAUUGUGGAGAGGUUGGAGUCUGUUUGAUUGAGUGUGUGGACAGGUGUCUUUUAUACAGGUAACGAGUUCAAACAGGUGCAGUUAAUACAGGUAAUGAGUGGAGAACAGGAGGGCUUCUUAAAGAAAAACCAACAGGUCUGUGUGAGCCGGAAUUCUUACUGGUUGGUAGGUGAUCAAAUACUUAUGUCAUGCAAUAAAAUGCAAAUUAAUUACUUAAAAAUCAUACAAUGUGAUUUUCUGGAUUUUUUUGAUCCGUCUCACAGUUGAAGUGUACGUAUGAUAAAAUUUACAGACCUCUACAUGCUUUGUAAGUAGGAAAACCUGCAAAAUCGACAGUGUAUCAAAUACUUGUUCUCCCCACUGUAUGUCAUGGGGAAUUGAUAGACAAUAACAAUCAAACGCAAACAAUUGACACAAUGAAGUUAUGAAACAAUGAAUGUGCACAAAUUGGCGGGAGAUGUGCAUUGUGCAUCUUAGCCACACUGCCCUUCUUCUUGGACUGUGCCAUCCUCGUGGCCUCCACAAUGGAUUAGUUCACUGAGAUGGGCACGAAUAAGACGGGUGUCUCGUGUGCCAUCAAAAAUAUAUUUAUUUGCUACUGCUCGGCUAAAAAAAUCUUGGUCGACCAACAGCCUAUUGACCAAACAAUCGAGCAGUGGACUAAUUGGGGUCAGCCAUAGAAAAAUUUGAUUAGAUAGAUUUAGAUAUAGUGCAUUCAGAAAUUAUUCAGACUCCUUGACUUUUUCCACAUUUUGUUACGUUAUAGCCUUAUUCUAGAAUUGAUUAAAUGAAUAAAAAAUCUCAUCAAUCUACAUCCAAUAAUGAAAAGGCGAAAACUGUUUUAUUUUAUUUAUUAAACAUUUAAAACAGAAAUAUUCAGACCCUUUGCGAUGAGACUCGAAAUUGAGUUCAGGUGCAUCCUGUUUCCAUUGAUCAUACUUGAGAUGCUUCUACAACUUGGAGUCCACCUGUGGUAAAUUUAAUUCAUUGGACAUGAUUUGGAAAGGCACACAUCUGUCUAUAUAAAGUCCCAUAGUUGACAGUGCAUGUCAGAGCAAAAACCAAGCCAUGAAGUCGAAGGAAUUGUCCGUAGAGCUCCGAGACAGGAUUGUGUUGAGGCACAGAUUUCUGCAGCCUUGAAGGUCCCCAAGAACACAGUACGCCUACAUCAUUCAGAAAUGGAAGAUGUUUGGCACCAUCAAGACUCUUCCUAGUGCUGGCCGCCCGGCCAAACUGAGCAAUCGUGGGAGAAGGCCUUGGUCAGGGAGGUGACCAAGAACUCUAUGGUCAAUCUGACAGAGCUCCAGAGUUCCUCUGUGGAGAUGGGAGAACCUUCCAGAAGGACAACCAUUUUUGCAGCACUCCACCAAUCAGGCCUUUAUGGUAGAGUGGCCAGACAGAAGCCACUCCUCAGUAAAAGGCACAUAACAGCCCGCUUGGAGUUUGCCGAAAGGCACCUAAAGACUCUCAGACCAUGAGAAACAAGAUUCUCUGGUCUGGUGAAACCAAGAUUUAAUGAUUUUGCCUGAAUGCCAAGCGUCACGUCAGGACCUCAGAUUGGGGCGAAGGUUCACCUUCCAACAGGACAAUGACCCUAAGCACACAGUCAAGACAACACAGGAGUGGCUUUGGGACAAGUUUCUGAGGGGGGGGGGGAAUCAAUUUUAGAAUAAGGCUGUAACGUAACAAAGUGGAAAAAGUAAAGGGGUCUGAAUACUUUCCGAAUGCACUAAGUAUUCAACCCCCUGAGUCAAUGCAUGUUAGAAUCACUGUUGGCAGCGAUUACAGCUGUUAGUCUUUCUGGGUAAGUCUCUAAGAGCUUUCCACACCUGGAUUGUACAAUAUUUGUCCAUUUUUAUUAUUCUGAAAAUUCUUCAAUCUCUAUCAAAUUGGUUGUUGAUCAUUGCUAGACAACCAUUUUCAGGACUUGCCAUAGAUUUUCAAUCAGAUUUAAGUCAAAACUGUAACUUGGCCACUCAGGAACAUUCACUGUCUUCUUGGUAAGCAACUCUUCUUGGCCUUGUGUUUUAGGUUAUUGUCCUGCUGAAAGGUGAAUUCAUCUCCCAGUAUCUGGAAAGCAGACUGAACUUGGUUUUCCUCUAGGAUUUUGCCUGUGCUUAGCUCCAUUCCGUUUAUUUUUUAUCCUGAAAAAUUCCCCAGUCCUUAACGAGUACAAGCAUACCCAUAACAUGAUGCAGCCACCACUAUGCUUGAAAAUAUGACGAGUGGUACUCAGUGACGUGUUGUAUUGGAUUUGCCCUAAACUUAACACUUUGUAUUCAGGACUAAAAUGUAAUUGCUUUGCCACAAAUUUUGCAGUAUUACUUUUGUGCCUUGUUGCAAACAGGAUGCAUAUUUUGGAAUAUUUUCAUUCUAUACAGGCUUCCUUCUUUUCACUCUGUCAACUAGGUUAGUGUUGUGGAGUAACUACAAUGUUGGUGAUCCAUCCUCAGUUUUCUCUUAUCACAACCGUUACAUUUUCUUACUGUUUGAAAGUCACCAUUGGCCUUAGGUGAAAUCCCUGAUCUGUUUUCUUCCUCUCCAGCAACUGAGUUAGGAAGGACGCCUAUAUCUUAGUAGUGACUAAGUUCACCAUACUCAAAGGGAUAUUCAAUGUCUGCUCUUUUUUUUUAACCAAUCUACCAAUAGGUGCCCUUCUUUGCGAGGCAUUGGUAAACCUCCAUGGUCUAUGUGGUUGAAUCUGUGUUUGAAAUUCACUGAUUGACUGAUGGACCUUAGAGAUAAUUGUAUGUGUGGGGUACAGAGAUGAGGUAGUCAUAAAAAAAAAUCAUGUUAAACACUGUUAUUGCGCACAGUUAGUCCAUGCAACUUAUGUGACUUGUUAAGCAAUAUUUUACUCCUGAACUUAUUUAGGCUUGCCAUAAACAUUUCUAAAAACAUUAUUCCACUUUGACAUGAUGGGGUAUUGUGUAUAGGCCAGUUACAAAAAAGCUCAUUUUAAUCCAUUUUAAAUUCAGGCUGUAACACAACAACAUGUGGAAAAAAUGUGCAGUGAUUAUUCUUAAGUUAGGUAUAAUUACCUUUCCACUCUACAGAUCAGAUCAUUGAAGGUGAGAAUCUGUUUCAACAGCUCCAAACAGAUCUGCUUCUUUACCACUUUGGGUGUUCCGCUUGUUAAGUUAAAUCAAUUUAAGGCACUUUGACUAAGCAAGUGAAUUGUGUUGGGUCUGGUGUAGCUAUCUUAUCUUUUCAAAUAGUCUAUUUUCUAAAGUGUGUUGUUCCUGUCUUUAUGAAUCUAUCCUGUCUUACCCUCAGGAUAUACCCCUACCCUAUCUGAAGAGCAUUGAGGAUGCCUACAAGAAGACCUACCUUCCCAAAAUCAGGUUAGUGGACUAGAAAGCUCUCUAGUGAAGCGUAAAUACUAUGCUUGAAACCUCUGAGAUGACCCUGUCUAUUAACAACUUGAACAUUUUUGAACAAAGCAAUUUUUCUCCAAUUUGACCUUCAACCAUUUACAAGAAAGGUGUUGAGAUUGUUUUUCUGUAUUUCAGUGAGAAUGCAGAAUUGCUCGCUUAUGAUGCAACCCAGGCACAAGACAUCGAGAGGGUAAGAAAUACAGUGAAUGACUAGAAGUAUAAAACAAUGAUUAUAUCAUAAUUGGCUAACCUUGUAGUUUCUGGUGAGAAAACAAACAUGGUGUUGAUGUUAUUUGUUAUAGGCCUACCCAGUGCAUGAACCUGAAAUGCACUGACUGCUAUUGGAAACCCGUCUUAUUCCCUCACAAAAACUUCUUGUCAAAAAAGACUUGUUUUUCUCAUCUUUAGAUUGCAGAAGACAUUGAGUACUUGAAAUUUGAGAAAGGACCUUGGGUAGAGCAGGAUGAUGUCACACUCCACUACCUGAGAAUGCUGUAAGUAUAAUCACUUAAUUUGUUCCCUACACGUGUAGACCUUAAUUUUCCGUCACGUACAUGGGUAGGCAUAUAUAGUUGAUAUUGGACCUCUGGAGGCCUUCUCAUCAGCCUGCUGUUUUCCUGCCUUUCUCCCCAGGGUGGAAGACAAGAUGAGGGUGGCAGACCUGACCCUUGUACCCAACUUCCUCCCUGAGGUCACCAUCGGGGCUCACGAGUACGACGCAGGCUACUAUGCCUUCAAAUCGGUAAGGGAGAAAAGCACUUCUCUUAUGAUGUGGUGUGGCUAGAUCACCUGAUGUGACCAGAUUAUGAUAAAGUGGUAUAUGAGCUAUAGGCUACCAUACUGCAUAGGGACAGGACUUUCUCCCUCCUUCAAUAGUAUUUUCCCUCCGUCUCUCCUGGGUUUUGUGGCCGUCUAGUGCUUUUGCUUCCAGCAUAUUAAAUAACUAUUUUGGUAGCUGAAAUAUCAAAUGAUAUACGAAAAGGGAAAUGCCAUAUGUGGAAUAUUCUCCAAGUCAUUGGUGUCAUCAGUCUUGCAGGAAAACAUUCUGUCCUGACCUUUAAAGUUUAUUGACUGGAGAUGUGGGGGUAUAUAAUGUGCUACAGGAUUCUUUGAGCUGACAUUUUGCUCGGUGCCCGCUAUUAUACUGGAACGAGUGGGAGGACAAGCUUGGGGAAUGUGAACUAUGGCGGGCUUAGGUUGUCUGCAUUUUCUCAUCCAUACUUUUACUUGACAAAGUUCACUUCUUCUGAAGUGCAAGCUAGUAUUCUGCAGUAGAGCAUGUACUGUACUGUUUGACAAGAAGAACAACAGAUAGGGUUUUGUCUGGUGAUUUCAUUUUGGCUUCGCCAGCUAAAACUCUUGCUAAAUUGUACCGCAGAUGUCAAAGUAAAACUAGGUAAACAAAAUAAAACUUGAAUGCCUAUCAAUGUUGCUAUUUGCAAUCCAACACCACUUCUCCAAUCUUGGCUGAUUGUCUUUGAAGCUGUAAAUGUCUUUUAUAUUUAAGUAUAUUUUCUGCUUCUUUUGCUGACUGAUAACAGUUGAAAGAAAGAGAAGCAGUGCUAAUGUAGGCCUCAGUUAACACUAGACUAUUUUUUGUUUCAUACUCACAAGACUAAUGGUGUAGCGUCGCCUGGGUGACGGAGAGCGGCCUGGCUGUCUAUCACUCUGUCACUGAUGUGGCUUCACAUUAGCAGUAACUCAUAACAUGCUGUUUGCCAAGGCUCUGGGGUGAUGGACUGCAAUGUCGCCCCUAGUGACAAAAACACUUUGCUAUACCAUUAGUCUUUGCUGUCAUCCCACAUCCAAGGAUGGAUGAGUCUUGAGUGGCUAGUUCUUCAAAGCUUAAGGGAAUAAGAAGGCCCUGCUCCUUAAAUCAGAGAACGUUAAACCUGCCUAAGUGUCCUGUGGAAUCUCACUUGUCUCUUUUUACCCAAGCAAUUCCCACAAAUGUUUUUUUUUUGAGGCAAGGAUGACUCCUUGACUAAAACCCUCACAUUGGAUUAGUUUUAAGGAUUUCUUCAGUAAAGUGUAGGCUAUGGCUUACUGUAUGCCCAGACUAAGAGGGUUACAGAACUCUCAGAAUAACUAUUAGGCUGCUAACUUGAUUUAUUUCCAAAAAGGCUCAAUAUCUAUUAAGUUGUUGUUUUUGUUUAUACCUAGGUAACUACAUUGUAUUUUACUUGCAACUUAACUAAGAUUUGCGCUCUAUAUUUUUGGCAACUGUUUCAGCAAAUACAUCCCAGAUGUUUAGCAUACAUCAUAGGGGAUAUAGCCAAUCACUUCUCUCAAUCUAAUUAAAUUGACUGUCAUUUUCUUUUCUGUCCAAAAGCUCCCGGGAAAGAAGUACGCUGCAGGUUAUAAUGCAGACGUAGGAGACAAGAACAUCUGGCUGAAGUGAUUGAGUGGACCGGACUACUCUGGAGUUGAUUGCUAUAGAUGAAUGGUUCAUUCCUCAUUCCCUCCCUCAACCCCCCUCACACACCUGUUCACUCCUCCCUAUGGGCGGAGAAGUCUAAAUAUGGGGUUAUCCAUUUGAUACAAUCAGCAACGUUCUCUUCUCUGGUCCGACUGUGUGUAUCAAGGAUAAAUUAAUUGUAAUAUGUCCAUAAAUUAUGUAUUAAAAGUACAUCUAAAAA